UUGACCAAAUCAAAUUCACAGAUACCGAGAACUGACUAGUCACUAGUCUUCCUCUUUGUUUUUGUGCGGAGCUUCAACGCCAUGAACGAAGAACAGACUUCACUCCUCCUCCACUCAUGCUCUCGCUUUCCUCCUCCAAAAGGAGUGCGGCUGUCGUAUGGUACGGCUGGGUUCAGAGAAGACGCAUCGAUCCUCCAAUCAACGGUGUUCAGGGUUGGUAUACUGGCGGCAUUGAGAUCGCUGAAGACCCGAUCGGUGAUUGGGCUGAUGAUCACUGCCUCACACAACAAGGUCUCUGAUAACGGCGUCAAGAUUGCUGACCCAAAUGGUGGUAUGCUGUCUCAGGACUGGGAGCCCUUCGCUGACGCCCUCGCCAAUGCCCCCACACCUGAACAAUUUCUUCAGUUAUUGACAGAUUUUGUAAAGAAGGAAAACAUCCCUUUUGAUGGACAGCAGUCGGCAGAGAUAUUAUUGGGAAGAGACACUAGGCCUAGUGGUGGAUCUCUGCUUGAGGCUGCCAAACAAGGCAUUAGUUCAAUUAUUGGAGCAGUUUUCUAUGACAUGGGAAUUGUAACAUCGCCACAAUUGCACUGGAUGGUUCGUGCUAGGAAUAAGGGCAUGAAAGCUACUGAACUUGAUUACUUUGAUCAGCUGUCAAGCUCUUUUAGGUGCUUGAUUGAUUUGAUCCCAUAUGGAAGUGGUAUCAGUAAGACGGUGGAUGACAUAUUGGUUGUGGAUGGGGCUAAUGGUGUGGGCGGAGAAAAGCUUGAAGCUCUAAAGAAAAUGUUGGAUGAUUUGGUUAUUGAUGUUCGUAAUUGUGGAAAAGGAAGUGGCAUACUGAAUGAAGGAGUUGGUGCUGAUUAUGUGCAGAAAGAGAAGGUUAUUCCGCAAGAAUUUGGGUCUAUGGAUGUGGGGUUAAGGUGUGCCAGUCUGGAUGGAGAUGCAGAUCGUCUUGUGUAUUUUUCUGUACCUUCAAAUGUUAGCAGCUAUAUUAAUCUUGUUGAUGGGGAUAAGAUAUUAUCUUUAUUUGCUAUAUUCAUCAAGGAGCAGCUAAGUAUUCUCCAAGAGGCAGCAGAUGAAAAAGUAAAAGCUAUUCACCAUGCUCGUGUUGGUGUUGUACAGACUGCUUAUGCCAAUGGUGCAUCCACAGAGUACCUAAAGCAGUUGGGCCUAGAAGUUGUGUUUACUCCAACGGGAGUAAAGUACUUACAUGAUAAAGCUGCACAGUAUGAUAUUGGGAUCUAUUUUGAAGCAAAUGGCCAUGGCACCAUCUUAUUCUCAGAAUCUUUUGUGGCUUCGUUAGAAACCAUAAAACAUGAGCCUUCUUCAGCAUCUAUAGAACAGCACAAUGCUGUGCUGAGACUUUUGGCAGUAAGUAAGUUGAUCAACCAAGCAGUUGGAGAUGCUUUGAGUGGAUUGCUUAUGGUGGAGGCCAUUUUGCGCUACAUGGGAUGGUCAAUACAGAAGUGGAGUGAUCUUUAUCAAGAUCUACCCAGUAGAAUGCUUAAGGUGAAAGUUGUAGACAGAACAGCUGUUGUUACGACAAAUGCAGAAACUGUUGUUGCGAAGCCCCCAGGCAUCCAAGAGGCUAUUGAUGCUGAAACUGCAAAAUACCCCCAAGGUCGAUCUUUCAUACGGCCAUCAGGAACAGAGGAUGUUAUACGUGUAUAUGCAGAGGCAUCCUCGCAAGAAGGAGCAGAUAACCUUGCUAGUUCAGUGGCAAAACUUGUGGAUCGUUUCCUCGGAUUUGGCAGUUCAAGCUGAUAUUCAAUUUAUGGAUGAGAAUACUGAUAUGAUACUGAGUUUCCUUUUCAUUUUCCUUUCUGGACUUUUUUUUGUAUCUCCUAAUUGACUAAGCACAAAGUGUAGCUGCUUCACUGAUUCAUCAUAUAUAAACAUUAUUUUAUGCA